AUGGCUUUGACUGUUGAUAAUCGUAACAUGUUUUCAAACAUUGAUGAGAUCAAUUCUGAUAGAUCAACUUGGAAUUUGCAAGCAAAGAUCAUAAGACUUUGGCAAGUGAGUGAUUUUAAUCGAGCUAAUGUUCCUUUUUCUGUUGAAAUGGUGUUGAUGGAUUCAGAUGGUGCUAAGAUUCAUGCCACUAUAAAAAAAACUCUUAUUUACAAGUUUAAACAUGAUUUAAUUGAGGGAAAAGUGUAUUCUUUUGAAAAUCUUGGUGUGGCUUCCAAUAAUGGAGGUUAUAGGACCACACAUCAUCCAUACAAACUGAACUUCCAGUUUGGCUCAUUUGUUCAAAGGUUGUCAAAUUGUGACAUUGUGAAAUCUCCAUUUACCUUUGUUCCAAUUGCUGAAAUUGUUGGUGGUUUAUAUGACACUGAUUUCUUAGUUGAUGUAAUUGGUUUCUUAACCGAGAUUGGCCAGGAACGUGAAAUAACUAAUCAAAAUGGUAGCACAACAAAGCUGAAUGUCAUUUCCUUGGAAGCCGAUGGGCAUAAGCUUCAGUGUACACUUUUUGGUCCAUAUGUUGAUGAACUGAAUACCUUUGUUGGAGCUGGUGAUCUAAACAAUGCUGUGGUCAUUGUUCAGCUUGCAAAAGCUAAGACCUUCCAAGACAAGAUACACAUACAGAAUUGCAUGAAUUGUUCUGUUUUGCUAUUUAACCCAAAUUGUGAAGAAAGUCAGACCUUUAGGGCAAGUAUCAGUGAUUCCGACGAGAAUCCUUCUCCAUUGACCUUUACUCAACUCAGUAACGAGCCAACUGUAUCCCCACUUGAUGAGUUUCUGUACAAUACUCCCAGGGCAACAUUGCAAGAUCUCAAGGAUGCUACAAAGGAAUCAUCACAUGUUGUAUGUGCUACUGUGAAGAGGAUUUUAAAUCCUGAUAGUUAUUGGUAUACAUCGUGUUUUUGCGGUAAAGGUGUUAUACCAGAUUCAAAUUUAUGGUUUUGUGAAAAGUGUAAUAGGCAUGUUCCAAAGGUUGUUCCUAGGUUUUGUGUCAAACUCCGAGUCAUUGAUGAUACUGAUUCUGCCACUUUAGUUGUUUUUGACAAAGAAGCAAGUGGGAUAUUUAAUAUGUCUUGUGCCGAUAUGCUUCAACUUGGCGAUGCUGAUAAUGAUGGUGAGGGGAUUGUGCCACCUCCGAUUGAUGACUCAUUGGUUAAUCAAACUUGGCUUUUUAAGGUUGAAGCUAAACCUUCUCAAAAUCCACGAUUUGAACAAUCUUUUCGUGUUAGGAAGAUUUGUACCGAUGAGGCUAUCAUUAAGCAGUUUAAGGACAAGUGGGAUAUUGAGGAUGCUCUACGUACUAAAAAAAGAAAUGAGGGUGGUUCUUUGAGUACUCUGCUUGAUAAAGGGAAAGAUGUUUAUGUUGGUGGUACCUCAAAUGUACUUUCUCAGGAAUGUCAAAACUUUAGUGGGGAUUCUGAUAAGGGAAAGGGUCUGAUUGUCGAUGGAACACCUGUUGAAGUUUCACAAAAUUUGAUGCUGAAAUUUUCAGAAUCUGUUGUAAAUCUUGACGAUGAUUCUGUUAAUACUCCUUUUUCUGUUAAGUCAAUGACAUCUGGAAAGAAGCAAUUGACAUCUGCUUCUGCUGUUAACCCAAUGACCUCUGCAUUGGCUGUGAAGCCAAAUACCUCUGUUAUUGAUGUGAAUGAGACGACCUCUGUUGCUGCUGUGAAGCCAAUUCUCUCCGCCGGUCCUGUGAAGGCAACUACCUCUGCUGUGUUUACUCAACAAUCUGCUUCUGCUGUCAAACCUCUGAACUCUGCUUCUGCUGAUGAUGUGAGCCUGAAAUCUUCAGCCUCUGCUAGGCUAUGUGGACAGCGCAAGAAGCCCGUGGCAAAGAGAGUGUCCCCUCAACAUGAAGAUCAAACAGCUGAAGAUGACAAUGCUCCUAUCAAGUUAUUGAAGAGGGCAAUCAAGAUUGAGAAGAUCCCUUAAGCUGAAGGUGUUAGAAUUAAUGUUAUGUUAGUAUUAUUAAUAUUAUGAUUAGGUUGAAAUAACUUUAUCUGUUGUAAUUUGUCCCAGUGGCAGUGGGCUUAAGUACUGUUGUUUUGUGGCCCAGUGGCAGUAGGCCUUUAAGUAGGGAAAAUGUUAAAAUUUGAGCUUGACUCAUUAUCUGGUGUGUUUUAAUUAGCUACUCUAUGGUUGGUUGAUGACUUUUGUAAUCAGGUCCAGUGGCAGUGGUCCUUUACUAUUUGCAAUUUAUAUUA